AUGCAAAAAAGUGUAUCAGUGCAAGUAGAUAGUGAUUUCGCCCUUUUACUACCCAGUGGUGCCUACGAAAUUAAAAAAAUGGAACCACGAUCGAAACUACGAAAAGUAAUACUGUUUUGUUUACUAUUGUCGCUGUUUGGAAUGGUGGCAUUUGGGUACUUCUGUCCUGAUCAGGUGUGCGCGCUGUCUCCGAGGGAGAGGGUCUCAGAGUCCCUCGCCCUCACGUACGCGGAGGCACUGGGAAGACCCCUGCCAGACGUGAUCGCCCAGCCGGGACUAUCUUACGAUGAGGUCCUCCACGAUGACUUCAGAUUCGAUCUUGACGCUCACGACGUCAUGGUGUUUUUGCAUAUACAGAAGACCGGGGGCACUUCCUUUGGAAAACAUCUUGUCAUGGAUCUCGAUUUAAAGCGACCGUGCAACUGUCAGCGAGCGCGAAAGCGGUGCCAUUGUUUUCGGCCGCACAGCAACGAAAUAUGGCUCUUUUCGAGAUACUCGACCGGCUGGAAAUGCGGUCUCCAUGCCGACUUCACGGAGCUGACGGCGUGUGUGGGCGGCGAGUUGGACCGGCAUGAAGGUUCUGCCGUCCAUAGAAGAUAUUUUUAUAUCACGCUGCUGCGGGAGCCAGUCGCUAGGUACUUAUCGGAGUAUCGGCACGUGAAGCGAGGCGCCACGUGGAAAGGCUCCCGGCACUGGUGUCAAGGCCGGACUGCUACUGCGUCAGAAGUACCGCCGUGCUACACGGGCGAGUCUUGGCGGGGUGUAACCUUAGAAGAGUUUGCGGCGUGUCCAUGGAACUUGGCCAACAACCGCCAAACGCGCAUGUUGGCCGACUUGGCCCUUGUGGGCUGUUAUAACGGCACUUUACGGCAUCGAACGUUGGACACAGAAAGGGUUCUUCUUGCGUCUGCCAAGAGAAAUCUCGCCGCAAUGGCCUACUUCGGGCUUACUGAAUUUCAGAAGAUAUCCCAGUACGUGUUCGAGGAGACGUUCAACCUGCGUUUCGCUGUACCUUUCACGCAGCACAACGCGACCGUGUCGGGUGCGACUAUGGCCGCGCUGUCGCCCGCUCAGAUCGCGCACAUCAAGCGACUCAACUCGCUCGAUCUGGAGCUAUAUGAGUUCGCUAAGAAUUUGAUGUUCAAGAGAUUCGAAGCUUUAAAAAAGCGGGACUCGGACUUCGAUUUCCGAUGGAAACACCUGGGGGAAGUUUCUCCUCGUAGCGGCGUUACAGAAUUCGAUUGGGACAGCAACUUAGAAGAUGCGACUACUGAGAAAUAUCGAGGGAAGUAA